AGAGGGAAUUAUGGGAAAUGUAGUUUCUGCCGAUCCCAUUCUUAGCCCGCAGAGGGCUCUGCAGUCUGUCUCUUCCGGCUAUUGCGUGUUCAGAGUAAAUUGCUCCAUAGAGCAGUGCAGCGAUAGAGCACACGUUUUAUAAACUUGUGUACAGACACAUUAUAAUCCUAUCGAACGUGACAGACAGAGGCGGCUGGUCAUGCAGCACGGCUGUCUGUCUUUCCGGCAGCCCUAUGCUGGUUUGCUUUUGAACGGGAUGAAAACUGUGGAAACUCGCUGGCGCCCUCUGCUGGCCGAUCAUAAGAACAACACUCUAGCUAUACACAUAGCAGUGAAGGAUUGGGAUGGCCAGGACUGGAGAGACAUUCUUCUGGACAGACUGGGGAUGCCCACUGAUCACGUGCAGCAACUCUUAGAUAAAGGGGAGCAGUUUGGCAGGGGAGUCAUUGCUGGUCUUAUUGACAUUGGUGAUACCUGGCAAUGUGCAGAUGAUGUGCCCACUGAAGACACCCUGGAACUUGAAAAUAAAGCUCUGCUGAUUGGUCUGCAAGAGAAAUACCUGACUGCUGUUUCCAACCCCAGGUGGUUAUUGGAACCAAUUCCAGCGAGAGGCGGCAAAGACAUUUGGACAGUGACCAUCCCCUAUCAUUUAAUACCUUCAUAACUGGAUGGCAUUACAGCUGCAAGUUCUGAAAAAAAAAAACAUGUCUACUUUUGUGCUGUAUAAUUUUGUACCAAACGUGAAUGAUAAAUGGAAUAAGUGUACUUCACACACCUUUGGCAAGUAAACAGUUAAAUUAU